AUGCAUACUAAACACCAAGUUCCGUGGAGAACCACCUUCACAACUAUCGCGCUUUUACUCAUAUAUUUUUUUCUCCUCUCCUAUACCUCGUCUCUUCCAAGGGUUGGCCUGAGCCCUCGUGCCGUUACCGCAGAUGGCGAUCAACUCCAGCAAAAUGCUGUGGGGGGUCUUACCAAGCGCGUGACUGAUACUUACUCAAAGUCUCAUGACAAAGGCCAUUGGCUUCAUUGUCGCAUGAGUAUGACCAAAGAAGAAGCCAAGGAAAGUAAUCGUGGGGAAUCUUUGGAGGCUCCAUUUUACCUCCAGGUGGAUGGCUUGGAAGAACCAGAGGGUUGGAGCCCUCGCGAGGCCUCAAGCUCUUUGUUUAAAGAUGAUUUGAACGAAGCUCUGAGGGCUCUCAGUAUUCCUAUUGAUUUCCACCAUGAGAGUUGGUCCCAUACUCAGGCGGUAGCUAUCUUCAAUGAACCAUCUUGGCUCAUCGAUGACAGAGAUGAUGUGGACGUUGACGUUGACGAUGUUGAACAGGGCGUGUGGAGUGAUGCUGCUUGGAUGCAAUGGGCCAUUCUCAACAAGCACGCAAGGGAUGGGAAAGGGAAGACCAUCGGCACAUGGCACGACAGGAUAACAAUGACUAUCAGAGAGGACCCUGAUGAGCUUUAUGGUAUCCUUGGAAGUCCCAACGGAGCAGGGGCGGCCUAUCUACUGCUCAAUCACAAGGAGCGACUGGGACUCAAGAUCAUUAACAAGGUUGACAUAUUUGUCGCCGAGGGGAGCUACGAGGUGACUAGCACUAGUAUUUCUGAUGUGCCUGAGUCAAUCAUGCUUCUGUUUCAUGUUACUGAUGUCUGA